AUGAAAAACCACACAAUAACAACAUUCAUCCUGCUGGGACUGACUGAUGACCCACAAAUGAAAGUUCUGAUUUUCAUCUUUCUUUUUUUUACCUACAUGUUGAGUGUAGCUGGGAAUCUGACCAUCAUCUUCCUCACCUUCAUAGAUGGCCAUCUCAGGACAGCCAUGUAUCUUUUUCUCCAAAAUUUUGCUUUCUUAGAAAUCUCAUUCACAACCACUUGUAUUCCCAGACUUUUGUACAACGUAUCAACUGGUGACAAAGUCAUUACCUAUGCUGCGUGUGCUGUGCAAAUAUUUUUUACCUACCUUUUUGGGAUAACAGAAUUUUUUCUUCUAGCCACUAUGUCCUUUGACCGCUACGUGGCCAUCUGCAAACCCCUGCAUUACGCGACCAUCAUGAACAGCAGAGUCUGCCAUAGGCUUAUCAUCAGCUGUUGGAUGAUUAGUUUCUUAAUCAUCAUCCCCCCACUUAGCCUGGGCCUCCAUCUGGAAUUCUGUGACUCCAACAUCAUUGAUCAUUUUUUCUGUGAUGCCACCCCUCUGCUAAAGAUAUCAUGCUCAGACACAUGGUUCAUUGAGAGAAUGAUUUUAGUGUGUUGUGUGUUGACUUUUAUUGUGACCCUUGUGUGUGUUGUUCUGUCCUACAUGUAUAUCAUCCUGACAAUUCUAAGGUUCUCCUCUGCUCAGCAAAGGAAAAAAGCCUUUUCGACCUGUUCUUCCCACAUGAUUGUGGUUUCCAUCACCUAUGGCAGCUGCAUCUUCAUCUAUAUCAAACCUUCAGCCAAGAAAGAGAUGGCUCUUAAUAAAGGAGUUUUCCUCCUCUUUUCUUCUAUUUCACCCAUGUUGAACCCAUUUAUUUAUACUCUGAGAAACAAGCAAGUGAAGAAAGCCUUGAAUGACUUGAUCAAAAAGAUUGCCUUCUUCUUAAAGAAGUAA